CGGGGUGGUGCUUGCCUGGCACCAAUCCGGAGGCAGGCGGCUCUGGCAGGGGCAGCAAGAACUAGGCCUUCCUCUCUUGUAUAACAGUGCCAAGUGUCAAGGAACCACAGCUAUGCAGGGCUGCUUUCUGCUUAGCAUGCUGUGUAGCUACAAAACGUAUCUGUGGCUACUUCCUGGAAUGGUUGGGCGGUUAACAAGGGCUACUUCUAGCACAAUAGUCGCUUUUAAGGAUGUCUGUAUGACGGGGAGCCCUGAGCAAUCGCUGGCUCAGUGAAACAUACAAAUAUCUUUGGCAUGAGGUUAUGUGUUUUCAGAGCAUAUUCAGAGUACAUGUGAACCAUUACGUUACUAUCACACAAUCUCUACUGAAUGGCACCUUUUAAAAUUAUUGAUGUUUCUCCUGUUACUGUCUUAUGCCGAUUUUGCUUUGUUUUUUACAUUUAAUGAAUAUAGAAAAACUGCAAAGUUUUUGCUUAUUUCCAGAAUGCCAUCAAGAAAGAAGCCUGCCAGAUUUAGUUGGUCAGGGUAUUCAUUGUGUGGAUUUAAUAGCAGCUUGUACAAACUCAUAUUGUGUAUGGGCAUAUGAUUCUCAGUAUUUUUUAAAAAUACAAUACUGAGGCCAUGAUUUAUAUAUUUUAUAGGAAAUGUCAAAACUUAUUAUUUAUAAAAGACUUAUGUGAUAAGCGUUAAGGCAACAUCAGAACAGUAAUCUAAGGCACUGGAAUGGUUCCUACAAGCAUCCUUUCUUUGAGUUAUCUUUUUGUAACAUCAUGUAAUAGCACAUUAAAUUGGUUUACACAUAAUGCCAAUUAUUUGUCCACCAACGGGUGGAGCUGAGCCAAGCAAGUGAAUUAAAUGAACAACUUACUCUUAACAUAAUGCUUGAACUCUGACACUCUGAAUGUAACCCAACAUUUACACAUGGUUGUUUGUUGGAUUAACAACCCACGGUGUCUGGAUUUGGAAGUAAUACUAACAAACUAUGAAUGGGGCAAUCACAAAUUGUUAACUGAGAAUGAGAAGUGCCCAAGACACAGUGCAUUCAAUUGGUCCCACUGACCAUCACCUGUCUGUGGGUUACAUAACCCAUGAAUUGGCAUUAUGAACCAGGUCAUAUUAUUUCAUUAAAUCCUUGCUUGUUUUUGUAAGUUGCAAAACUGCUUUGGGUAGAAGCGGGGAAGGAUCAAUCGUGGCAUCAAAUUCACCAGCCAAUAUAGACUUGGCACCCCUGACUUCUUCCAUACUGUACAACUUGUGUCUCCUGAAUUGAGGACUGAAAGGGAAUAGUCAGAUAAUUUGAAGCAUCCUACAAUGGUUUGGGAAGUAAAGACUAAUCAAAUGCCUAAUGCAGUACAGAAGCUUUUAUUAGUGGUGGACAAGAGAACUUCAGGGAUGAAUGAAUCAUUGGAAUUACUAAAGUGUAAUGAGACCCUCCCAUCUUCUCCUGGAUAUGCAUCCUGUGAUGAGCACAUGGAGCUUGAUGAUCUUCCUGAACUGCAGGCUGUUCACACUGAUUCUACACCACCUGCACUUUUCCAGCUAAGUGCUGAUGUCUCCCAUCAGGAAUAUUCUAGGCCUUUGUGGAACCAGCAUACCUCAAGCAACAAUUCAGAAAGUUCUUAUACUUGUGAGAAUGGAGUGAACUGGUUGACUGAAUUGGCAAAUAUAGCUACUAGUCCACAAAGUCCUCUCAUGCAAUGUUCUUUUUAUAACAGAUCAUCUCCUGUUCACCUAAUAGCUACAAGCAAAAGUUUACAUUCCUAUGCACGGCCGCCACCAGAAUCCUCUCAGACUGAUUCUGGUUUUCCUAAGCAUCACAUUGAUGAAACACCAAUCAGACAUGAAAGGACAAAUAGUGAAUCAGAAUCUGGCAUUUUCUGCAUGUCAUCACUGUCGGAUGAUGAUGAUCUGGGAUGGUGCCACUCUUGGCCUCCAACUGUUUGGCAUUGUUUCCUUAAAGGAACACGUUUAUGCUUUCACAAAGGACGCAAUAAAGAAUGGAAGGAUGUUGAAGAUUUUGCAAGGUCUAAAGGCUGUAAAAAUGAAUCUGAGGAUUCAGUGGGUACUUAUAAAGGAUAUGGUUCUGAUGGACUGAAGUUGAUAUCUCAUGAAGAAAGUGUUUCCUUUGGUGAGUCAGUACUAAAACUGACUUUUGAUCCUGGCACAGUGGCAGAUGGCUUGCUUACUGUAGAGUGUAGACUAGAUCAUCCUUUCUAUGUUAAAAAUAAAGGUUGGUCAUCUUUUUAUCCAAGCCUGACUGUGGUUCAGCAUGGUAUUCCGUGUUGUGAAAUGCAUAUUGGAGAUGUUUGUCUACCUCCUGGACAUCCCGAUGCCAUUAAUUUUGAUGAUUCAGGUGUUUUUGAUACAUUCAAAAGUUAUGAUUUUACACCAAUGGAUUCCUCUGCAGUCUACGUGUUAAGUAGUAUGGCUCGUCAGCGUCGUGCUUCUUUAUCUUGUGGAGGAUCAGGAAGUCAAGAUUUUGAAAGAUCAGAAUGCAGCACAAACUGUGGGCCUGCUCAGUCAUCGCAGAAUUCUUUGCAUAGCAAAGCUGGCAAAAGCCACAGCUCAGGGACUGCAAGUACUGUGAGUGCCACUUCUCCCAACAAAUGCAAAAGACCAAUGAAUGCCUUCAUGCUCUUUGCCAAAAAGUACAGAGUGGAAUAUACUCAGAUGUAUCCAGGAAAAGAUAACAGAGCCAUAAGUGUGAUACUUGGUGACAGGUGGAAGAAAAUGAAAAAUGAAGAAAGACGGAUGUACACAUUGGAAGCCAAGGCCUUGGCUGAAGAACAAAAGCGUUUAAAUCCUGACUGCUGGAAACGGAAACGAACAAAUUCAGGUUCACAAUAACAGUAAAUUGGAAUCAUUCUGCAAGUACCUGACGGUAGAAGACUUGAUCAAGAUUUCAUGAUUUGUUGUGAAGGUGUGACCAUACAAUACCGGCAGCAGUGAGUCGUUAGGAAUGAGGAUUUGCUUAUUACAGUAGAAGAUUAAGCAAGCUAAAAACUAUCAACAUUUUAAAACCAAAUUGCCUUAUUUUUCUUCCAAACUACAUAUAUGUCUAUCAGGUGUAAUAGGCUUGAAAAAUGGAUAUCCUGUGGUGCUAAAAAUAGUAGGAAGAAGAGGAGCUUUGUAUAAAUGUUUAUUUUUUAAAAGAUGCACAAAAGGGGAAUUUUAAAACAUGUAACAUCUGUUUAUACUUUGAUUCUUAUUGCUGAUUAAUACAUAUUGCACAAACUAUGUAGUUAACUACAAAUCUGGGAGCUGGGAUUUUCUGACAUAAUAUAAGAACUGCCCAGUGCCAACAAGUUACCAGAAUGUGUGGCAAAGUGGACAGCAAUAGUGUAUACUAUAUGUAGCAAGAUGGUUGUCUGUUUGGGAAGAUCACAUUAAUAACUUAUUUCAGGUGUGGUUCCCUUCCCAGUAAAAGAAAAGACUUGUAGAACUGCCUGGAGUCUAGUUAACAGCCCAGGAUUAAAUUCAUGAGUAGCAUUGCAUUAUCCCAAAAGAAUGGUGCUUUUGUGGUAUCACCAUUUUAUUUUUAAAUUUUUUUGGUCUCCUAUGCUGCGUAUUUUAAAAGAUUUUAUUUUGCCAUAAGAAAUCUUUUAUGGUGGGGACAAACUUUGCACUUACUGUAGGUGCAACAUUUGCACUUUACUUUUUCCCUCCAUCUAUCUAAAGUAGAGCAGAUAUGUUAGAUUUAUGGCUACUUUUGCUGUGAACAUUUACAACAUAGCUUUUAAUGUUACUAAAUAGAGUGUGUUUCUGUUUAAGAAUCACAACAAUAAAUUUCAGCACCUGACAUGUCUACGUCUACAUGAUGUUGCUCCUAUGAUUUUGCACACUAUAUUCAUGUAUUAUUUCAAAUAAAUUUGUAAAACAG